CUAUUUUAUACAUUUCAAAGAAGAUUCAGAUUCAGAAUAUUCUCCAACCGAUAAUGACUAUGAUGAUGAUUAUUUAACAACCUCUGAUUUACCAAAUGAUAAUCUUGAUUCUUCAACCAACUAA